GGUGGGCUGCCCGCCCUGUCGGAGGACAGUGAUGGGGUCCCUGGGGAGCACUCAUGUGGCAAGUGACCCUCUGGGGGGCCCUGUGCCUCCUAAAGCAUCCUCCCCCCAGCCUCACACCCACUCCUGCUCCUACGCAUCCCUGCCUGGAGGGGGCAGGAGGGGUUGGGGCAGAGAGCCAGGUGUGGGAUGUGCUGGAAAUGGCCUUCAGCAUGACUUGCCUUCCUCCCUGGCAAGGAACAGCUCCUCCGCAGAGGGUGGUCACCCCUCCCAAGUGUCUCCUCACUCCCUGGGUGGCUCCUGCCAAGCUGUAUCUCCCAGGGCUGGAGGGGGGGUGGGUUUCAGCCACUGCCUGGUGGAGUGUGCCUGCCCAGCCACAGCCGGCUCUUGCAUCAGGCCACUGCCCCCCUGGGGAAUGCUGGGUGAUGUCAUCCUGAGCCUCCUGCAAGCACCUGCCCGUGUGAACUUUAAAUUGAUCCCCUGAGGCCACAAGGGCCCCCUGGGAGCUGAUUUUGGAAACCAACCCGAGCCCUGCAGUGGGGGGUCGUGGAGUCUCAGCAGGUGUGCCCCUACACAGCCUGUGCCAGGGCGGGUUGUUGGGAGACAGGAUGACCCAAGGGACCUCCUCCUCUUGACUUCCUCUAUGCUCAAGGGCCCCAGGACAUCCUGCAGUGUUAGUGCUGGGGGUUCAGCGGAGGGCCUGGGGGCACUUAGGAAUGAGACGUCCCAAGGUUACAGGGAAGAACAGGCCUGAGCCUUGGGUUCCCCGAGCACACCAGACGGCAGCUCUGGGAGAGGGAGCAGGCGAGGUCAGGCUGGGGCCGAGCCACAUGGACUUUGUGGGCAUGAAGCGACCAGCGAGCCCAGGCAACUGCUCCCAAGCUGGGUACAGCGGCUUCGCCCUGGUCAGCCCUGGCUGGCUCCACAGUUAAGACACACGUUCAAUUACGCGCCCUCCACUCUCCAAAGACCCGGGACAAGAGCGGCCGGCCGCUUCCGGCCAGAACCGGAAGUGCUACAAUGCACUUCCGCCCUGAGGGGCGGCCAUUCUCACAGCUUCCAGCAGGGGGCACUGGGGCCCCCGGAACGAGGCCCUGAUUAUUAGCCCCUGCGCAUUCUGGGAGUCGCAGUCCCGUCUUCCCCACCCUCAGUACCCUUUAGUCAAUUCCGGGCUCUUUUCGUGAAGGAGUGCCGACAUUUCCGGGGAGGGGGAAACUGGAGAGAGCGCGUGCGCAAGGAUUACACGUCCCGAUAGGCCUCGAGGAAUAGCCUGCUAGGCAUGUGGGAAAUGUAGUUCUUCAGGCGUGGCAGCCGUGGCGCUCGGCCGACAACGGACUCGGUUUCCCAGAGGGCCAAGCGUGACGCAAAAUGGAGGCGGCCAGGCAGCAGUAAUCCGCUACAGCAAGCCACUGAGCAGAGACGUGCUGAGGACCUCCAAGCCGAGGCCACCGUCCAGCCUCUGCAACCUGUGCCCACUCUCUGCUCACCAGCAGUCAGGUAUCGGCACCGACGUCCGGCACACAGGAAGGUGGCUGUGGCCUGAGGACACAUGGCUGAGGUGGGGGCAGGCGAGCCCACCCCUGGCUUGGAGGUAGAGCAAGGGACAGAGUGUGAUGCCCCUCCUUCAGACACCGUCUCCCCCAGCGACUCGGACUCUGACCUCAGCCUGCCUGGCAGUACUGAGCUGGAAGCCCUGUCCCCAGAGAGGCUGCGGGGGGAGGCCCAGGGGGACUCGGACCCCGAUGAGGCCCCCUCGCCACCCAGGGACCCUCCCACGGCCGCCGUGCAGCCUUUCCACCUGCGGGGCACCAGCAGCACCUUUUCCCAGCGGAGCCGCAGCAUCUUCGACCAGCUGGAGGGCGCGGCCAGGCAGGCUGGGCCCUCGGCGCUCCAGACCGGCCUAGGCGGCCAUGGGGGCUUCAAGCAGCCCCUGGCGCCCCAAAGCCAGCCUCAAGCAAAGUGCCCGGGCAGAGCCAGUCAUGUCCCGCAAAGGGUGCCCCCCGUCCCUGACUAUGUGGCCCACCCUGAGCGCUGGACCAAGUACAGCCUGGAAGAUGUGGCCGAGGCCAGCGAGCAGAGCAACCGGGCUGCUGCCCUGGACUUCCUGGGCCGCCAGAGCCUGGACGCCCCCAGCGACUAUGUGCCCUCCUUCAACCAGGACCCCUCCAGCUGUGGUGAGGGGAGGGUCAUCUUCACCAGACCAGCCCGUGCCGCCGAGGCCAGACCUGAGAGGAAGUGGGUCCUGAGGAAGGUGGGGGCGCCAGGCGGGGGCCAGGGGUCUGUGGAGCUGGCCCACCUGGCCAGGCCUGGGAGCCCGGAGGCCGAGGAGUGGGGCGGCCCACGUGGGGGCCUGCAGGAGGUGGGCCCGCCGGAGGAGGGUCCCCUCCGUGAGCCAGCAGCAGGCCCCUCGGUGGUGGAGACAGUGGGCUUCCAGGGCAGCAGGAAGCGGAGCAGAGACCACUUCCGGAACAAGAGCGGCAGUCCGGGGGCCGAGGCCUGACUGGAGGGGCUGCCUGCCCCUCGGGCAGGGAGCCGGGGGGCUGCCUCAGGCGGCACCACUGGCCCUGGCUCCGGUGCAGGCCGUGCUCUUUGGAGCCAAGACCUUGCCCCAGAGGACAGCGGCGGCCCUGGCCCACUCCAUGCCCUUGGGGAACAGUAAAGGUUUGGCACUCCUCA